AUGGCCGCCAUGCGAGGUCCUCGUCUUCAAGUUGGAUCCGCGCCAUGGAUUGCUGAAGAGCGCUCCUCGGCCCUCCAGAUUGUUCAAUCGGAAGUGGAAGAGUUCUCAUUCUCGGCGCGAAAUGAAAUGGAAUGGCUCAAUGAGCAUAUGGCGAGUAUCUUCGACGAGAACGAAACGAAUUUUGCCGAUGUCUUCAAAACACCAGGAAAACUACGCGGGAAGACGCCACGCGCCAUCCGGAAGCCGGUCACGCCAGGCGAUGCUCGAGUUCCACUCUCGGAUGUUUUUACCGCGACACCGAACGGGCCGCCUCUUCAUCACGUCAAUAAAUUACUCUCUCCCAUUGCUAUCAGCCGAUCCUCGAAGCUUUUGGCAGCGGCAACGAAGUCUAUGCCACCAUCUCAAUCGACACAGGACUCCGGGUACUACGGUAGUCAAGACAUUGACUCUGCUGCGCCGGUGCCCGCCGAUAUAGAAAGCAGCUCACAAAAGCCCGGGAACAUUCAGAAGCUCAAUAGUCCGACAAAGCUGGGCAAACCCCAAGCACUUUUCGCGGACAUGUCUGACAAGACUUUCCAGAGCGCGAAAGAGGAGCAGACACGUCAAUUCACCAAACAGGCUGUUUUCUCAGACGCUGAAUCAUCUCCACUGCAAUACAGCUUUGCCAAAAAGGUCCAGUCAUCAUCGCCGUUGAAGCAGUCGCCGCUUAGGUCCCCUAUCCUCCACUCAGAUUUGACGGAUGUGGUCGACGAAAACGACGACCCGACCUCCCCCUCCGAAUCGUCUAGCCCCAUUCGACAAGUGGUGCGGAAGAGCAGCUUGAAUUUUGCCUCGCUUCCCGCCCGAGAACCCCUAGCCGGUGGUAAAAAUGCUGGAAGAGUCUCUCGCGUUAGCCACGUAGAGAAAUCCAGCGCAGGGAGAAGCCUCGGCAAUGCAGUGGAGGAUGCUGACGUCGAAGUCAAUGCCUGCAACGUGGUGGAGAAGGGUAUGGAAGAAGAGCUAAUUCCAACAACGGAUGCGAAAACAUACACCCAGCGGCUGCAGGACCAGAUCAAUCAGCUGGGCAAAUCCAACACCAACACUCUGGGACAGGCUCGCUCAUAUCCUGCCAUCCCGUCUGCGCAACAAAGCGCACUCCCAGGCUCACAAUCGGAACCGGGUCUGGCAGUUUCGCCCACUCGCAAGCAAAGCAUCAGCAAAGUGCUACAGACGACACCCGGUGCCUUCCCUGAAGAAGAUGAUGAUGACUGGAUUGAGCCUCCGAGCGCAGUGCCUCCGACAGAUACGCGCCCAGCAUUCCCAAAAAGCUACACUGCAGACGUCAUGGAGGGUAUACAAGGAAAGGGUACGAUUGGCCAGCCGGAAUUCUCAAUUGUAAAAACAGAACAACCCACUCGUGUGCACGGCCAUGGCAAAUCUGCCUCAGUCUCAACGCUGCCCAGCAUGCAGUCCGAUGUCAGGGGGGAGUUGGCUCUCACGAAAUCUACAUCCAUUCCUCAGCAUCUUGGAACUGUUGCGGAAUAUGACGGCCCGGGCACGCCAUCUGGAUCACCAUCACGACUUUUCCGCGAUAGUCCUCUCAAGCAGAUGAAGAGCAAGCUGUCUUCUAUUCUCAAGGGCUCAAGAAGCCUCCUAGCAAGUAGCGCGGCUAUAAGUGCGGAGGGAAAAUCUUCGCUACUAUCGUCAACCGCCCAGCUGGGAGCGCAUGCAUCUCCUUCUACUGCUUCAUUCGGUCCUGUGACUAGGAUUGCCUCCGACGCAUCGCAGAACACAGAAGGCUCAUUGAGUCCUGCCAAAACCCGUCGCACACGAGCUUCUGCCGAACGCCAACGAGAGGACAAGCGCCGAGAGAAGGAGGCCAAGCUUAUGGCUGAGCAACUGGACAGAUUAGACAAAGCGCGUGAGAAGGAGCGCGAGAAAGCGUGGGUCUUUAGCAAGGAACAGGAGCGCAUCGCUGCCAUGGAGAAAGAGAUUGCUGCUAAGAAGCAAGAGGAACAAAUGCACACGAAGCAGACACCAAAAGCACGGGGAAACGCUCGCAAACGCAACUCUGAUGAUGACGAACAGAAAACUGCUUCGCAGGAUGUCGAUAUGGUUGAGGUGCCACAUAUUGCACCACCAUCGGCUGCUCGCACAGCGAGCACCACACACUCUCUACGGAACCGAGAUGUAAAACGACCGGUGAAACCGAUCAAGGAGGACACUACGACGAUGAAGCAAGCCCCGACGGUCAUCCGCGUCAAGCCCGGAUCACAGCACUCGCAGUUCCACCAGGCAACCCGACAGUCAACGAUCCCUCAGGAGACCGCUACUGUUUCCGCCCCCCAGCAUCAGCCCACUAUGAAAGCCAGCAAGGCUUCUCUGCACAAUAAGGCAUCAUCACAAAGCCUAAAAUCGAGCGCAAAUACGCGCCCCAAGGCAGCAGAAACAGCUGCUAAGAAGAAGGAGGCAGAAGAGCGGGAGGCUCAAAAGCGCCGUGAGGCAAAGGCUGAAGCAGAGCGCAAGCGUGCUGCUUCUCUGGAAGAGCAGCGCCGGCAGGAGCAACAGAGGCGGGCCGAGGCAGAGCGCCAGAAGAAGGAGAAGGAAUUGGCCGAAGAGCGGAAGACGGCGCAGCGACAGGCCGCCUUGGAGAAGGCAAAACAGAUGAAAGCUCCGCCGCCAGCGGCUAGAUCUCAGCCGAACGGCCCUCCUGACUUUACAAUCAGCCAACAGCAGAAGGCAGAGAGCCAGGGCAGCAGGCCGCCUUCUCGAAUGAUGGCGGGUGCUCAGCGACAGCCAGCUGGCGCGAACUUGAGCAAAUCCGGAACAAAGCGCCCGGUCGGGCAUGAGACCACUGACGAUCGACCACCGACUCGCGCAGGACCCUCGUACCAAGGAAAAGACACCAAGAGGCGCCGCACGAGUGAGGUUUUGCAAGGUGACGCCGAAAGCAGUAGCCAACCCGCCAAAAGUCAUGCUGUGCGACCAUCGCCUGGCUUUAGGAAGGAUUUACCGCCAAAGUCACUUUUCCAAAAUGGCUAUUCCAACGCACCGCCAAGUGCGACUCAUGAUUUGUUCAAGGCUUCAGUGGCAUCGCAUCAGCUUCAAAGCAAGGGUACUCGCCCUGUCGACAUGGCCCAGAUUUCCAAAGGCAAUAUUCCUUUCGCUCCCAACCCAGCCGGGCCUGCCUUCAAGACACCUGCGCGUCCUGGUCCGUACCUGGCAGCCAAGUCGGCAGCGAAAUCUGUGCCUCGCUCAUCGCCACAAUUCCAGAACGGAGAAGCAAUCGAGCUGCCCGAAAUUGAGACUGAUGAUGAAGAUGAGGAUGAUGAUCCUGGUAUGAAUAACAUCGCGGGUUGGGCGGCGUCACCCGAUCUUCGGGCAGCUCUAAUGCGACAAGAAACAAUGGACCCAUCGCAAAUCUUUGGACCACCAGCACCCCUGAACAUGGAAGAAGUAUUCAGCAAGAGCAAGGAUAGAUGGCCCAAGUUCCGCAACAGAACCUCGAGUGCUAAUUGGAGCGGACCUGACGGGCUAACCGAGGAUGACAUUCGGAAAGAUCUGGCAGCGAGAGAGAAGCUACGGCGCGAGGGAGGCUGGUCAUACGAAAUGAGCAAGGACGUGUUGUAA